AUGAAGAAGCCCAAUCACGCUGUGUUAGGCAUUGGACUUGCCUUAUGCAUAGAAGCAGCGUACAGCGCUGCGUCACAGUCAUACACCUGGAAGAAUGUCGUCACUGGAGGUGGUGGCGGUUUCGUUCCGGGCAUCGUCUUCAACCCGUCCGAAGAGGGACUUGCAUAUGUGCGCACUGAUAUUGGCGGGGCAUACCGUCUUAACUCAGACGAUACAUGGACGCCACUGACUGAUUUUGUGGGUAAUAGUAACUGGAAUCGAUGGGGUGUGGACGCGCUCGCCACCGACCCCGUUGACACAAACAGGCUGUAUCUUGCCGUUGGUAUGUACACCAACGAAUGGGACACGAGCAACGGGGCUAUACUACGCUCCACGGACAAAGGCGAGACCUGGACAGAAACAGCGCUGCCGUUUAAAGUGGGUGGGAACAUGCCUGGCCGUGGGAUGGGUGAGAGACUUGCGGUGGACCCUCAUAAGAAUAGCAUUCUCUUCUUUGGCGCUAGGAGCGGUCACGGUCUUUGGAAGAGUACUGACUAUGGCGCGACCUGGAGCAAUGUCACUUCCUUUACCUGGACGGGGACGUACUUCCAGGACUCGAGCUCGACUUAUACUUCUGAUAUUGUGGGUAUCGCAUGGGUGACGUUUGAUUCUACAUCUGGUAGCUCAGGAUCGCCAACCCCGAGGAUCUUUGUUGGGGUAGCAGAUACUGGUAAAUCUGUCUUUGUGUCUGAAGAUGCUGGUGCUACAUGGAACUGGGUCACUGGCGAGCCACAGUACGGAUUCCUCCCUCACAAAGGCGUCCUUUCUCCAGCGGAGAAGACACUAUACAUCUCCUACUCGAAUGGUGCUGGUCCUUACGACGGAACGAACGGGACCGUUCACAAGUACGACAUCUCGUCCGGAACGUGGACCGACAUCAGCCCUACGUCCAUGGAAGAUACAUACUAUGGCUACGGUGGUCUCUCUGUCGAUCUCAAGGUUCCUGGAACGUUAAUGGUUGCGGCCCUGAACUGCUGGUGGCCCGACGAGCUCAUCUGGCGUAGUGUUGACUCCGGCGCGAACUGGUCCCCAAUAUGGGCAUGGAAUGGCUAUCCCAACAUCAACUACUACUACGACUACGAGGUGUCAAACGCGCCAUGGCUCGAAGACACCACCUCCACAGACGGGUUUCCCGUCCGCGUAGGCUGGAUGGUCGAAGCACUAUCAAUUGACCCGUUUGACUCGAAUCACUGGCUCUAUGGUACCGGCGCCACGAUCUACGGCGGCCACGACCUCACAAGCUGGGACUCCAUCCACCGCGUUACCCUCCAGAGCCUGGCUUCUGGAAUCGAAGAAACAGCCGUCCAGGCCUUGAUCGUGCCCCCGGGCGGCCCUCCACUCCUCUCAGCUGUCUAUGACGUCGGCGGUUUCUAUCACUCAGAUCUCGACACCCCGCCAACCCAGGCAUACCACACACCAACCUAUGGCUCGACCAACGGCCUCGAUUACGCAGGCAAUAAUCCAGCGACCAUCGUUCGCUCCGGCUCAACUGACGCCGACGAUCCCACCGUCGCCCUCUCGAAUGACUUUGGCCGCACGUGGUCCGCCAACUACGCCGCUUCUUCGGCCACAGGACCAGGUCCUGUGGCCAUCUCCGCAGACGGCGACACCAUCCUCCUGAUGUCGAACACCCAGGGCGCUCUCCGCUCACAGUAUCAGUCCACCUUUGCCGCUGUGACAAGUCUCCCCUCGGGUGCGGUCAUCGCGUCGGACAAGGCCAACAAUACCGUCUUCUACGGCGGCAGUUCGGGUAGUUUCUACGUCUCCACAAACACGGGAACCUCCUUCACUAAGACCGCCACGCUGGGGUCUAGCUCCACGGUCAACGCCAUCCGCGCUCAUCCAUCGCUUGCGGGUGAUGUCUGGGCCUCCACCGAUACCGGACUGUAUCACUCAACAGACUAUGGCCGCACCUUUACCAAGACUGGAAGCUCCUGUACAGCUGGCUGGGGCUUUGGGCUCGGAAAGCCCUCUUCAACAUCCGCAUAUCCAGUAAUAUAUGGCUUCUUCACUGUAGACGGCGUAACUGCGCUCUCUAAGACGGAGGAUGAAGGAACCACUUGGGCUAUGAUUUCCGAUUCGGAGCAUGGCUUCGGUGCUGCGUCAGCGAAUGUGGUGAAUGGGGACAUGGGGAACUAUGGACGGGUGUUUGUAGGGACAAAUGGAAGGGGUAUAUUCUAUGGGGAGCCGAAUGGAAGUUCACCUCCAAGUUCGUCUUCAACGUCAACAACUGCAACAACGUCGAGUACAUCUACGACAUUGACGACGACUUCUACUCCAACUACCACAGUGACAACGACAACCACUAGCACUACAGCCACAGCUACUGCUACCGCCUCGCCCUACGGCCAAUGCGGCGGCAGCGAAUACACAGGACCGACUGCGUGUCCCUCUGGAUGGACAUGCACGUUCUUCAACCACUUUUACUCGCAAUGGUUGUAUGGUGUCCUCCUAGCGGUCUGGGGCCGCUAG